ACUAAGAUCCAACUAAGACUUUAUAAUGAAUUUGUACGCUUGGCUGAACCAGAGUGACACUGUGAUUGUCUGUGUUUCAGGACGGACCAUGAGUCCGGGCAGCGCGCUGGAGAGCGUGCAGCUUCAAGAGACCAAACAACAUCUCCUGAAGAGGCCACCGGUAGACAUCGAGUUUACCGAUCUCACCUAUGCCGUGCCCCAAGGCAGGAAUGGCUCCAAGGUGAUAUUGCGAAGUGUGAGUGGGUUGUUCAAGUCAGGACAGUUGACAGCCAUUCUAGGGCCAUCAGGAGCCGGGAAGAGCACACUCCUGAAUGUCCUCGCUGGAUACAAAAGUGGAGAUGCCAGUGGAAGUAUCUUGAUCAACGGUGAACCCCGAGUGCUGAAAGUGUUUCACAAGAUGUCACGCUACAUCAUGCAAGAGGACUUGUUGCAGCCUUGUCUCACCGUGCUAGAGAGCAUGCUGAUCGCUGCUGACCUCAAGUUGGGUCAUACUGUCCGACGCCGUCAGAAGUUGGAGAUGAUCAACGAGAUUCUGGAGCUUCUGAGGUUAACCAAAUGCAAGAAAACUCUGACGAGCUGUCUGUCAGGUGGAGAGAGGAAAAGAGUCUCAAUAGCUUUAGAACUGGUCAACAAUCCUCCUGUAAUAUUCCUUGACGAGCCGACAACAGGACUGGAUGACAUGUCAAGCUCACAGUGUAUCUCACUGCUCAAGAAUUUGGCACAUGGAGGUCGUACUGUGAUCUGCAGCAUCCACACACCGAGUGCCCGACUGUUCUCACAGUUUGACAAUGUUUACAUCGUCAGCGACGGUCAGUGCAUGUUCCAGGGACUCGGUGAGGACAUUGUGCCAUUCCUGGCCAGUCUGGGACUGCACUGUCCCAAACACUACAACCCUGCUGACUUCAUGAUUGAGGUGUCCAGUGGGGAGUAUGGGGACCAUACAGAGAGAAUGAUGAUGGCUGUUGACAAUGGACGCUGUUACCGAUGGAACAGGACCCUGAGGCCCCCGGAAGUUGCAGAUGAUAUUAUCAAAAUGUCAAGAGAGGAACUACACCAACUAAAACAUCUGUACAGCUUCGACAGUUCACCCUGGCUACAAUUCCGCAUCCUCAUGUACCGCAUGAUGCUACAGAACUGGAGGCAAAUUGGGUACAUUCUUUUUAAGGCUGUGAUGCAUGUUUUUGUUGGACUCAUAAUCGGUGGUUUAUUCUUCCAAAUGGGAAAUGAUGGCUCUAAGACACUUUUUAAUUUUGGAUUCUGUUUCGUCACCAUGAUCAUUUUCAUGUAUAUUCCUAUGUUGCCAGCGCUUCUGCAAUUUCCUCAAGAAGUGAAGUUAUUAAAAAGAGAACACUUCAAUCGCUGGUAUGGUUUGAACCCUUACUUCUGUGCACUCACCAUUUCCAGGUUGCCAAUUCAAAUAAUACUGAGCAGUAUUUACAUAGUCCUCGCUUACACCAUAACAGAUCAGCCAAUGGAGUGGGAGAGAGGCAUCAAGUUCUGCAUCAUCUGUCUUUUGACAGCCAUAAUCUCUGAGAGUUUGGGACUAGCCAUCGCUUCCAGGCUCAACAUAGUCAAUGGUAUAUUCGUGGGGCCUGCUCUCUCUGUGCCCUUCAUGCUGCUGGCGGUGUAUGGACUGGGGACUGGUAGCAGACUAAUCCCUACAGUAAUCCGCUUAGCCAUGUACUUGAGCUAUUUGCGCUACGGCCUAGAGGGUCUCACUAUUUCCAUAUACGGGAAGAACCGUCCGACAAUGUACUGCCCACCAACGGAGAUCUACUGUAACCUACGAGAGCCCCGGGCUCUACUCAAGGAAGUGGGCAUGGAGGGAGUGAACUACUGGGUGGACUUGGCUGCUAUGAUCUUCUUCUUCUUAUUAUUCAAGGUUAUCUCCUACGUUCUUCUGAGGAACAGAUUGUCUUCAACUCAGAACUUUGGUGCCCUGAGCUACAUAAACCGACUGAUCAAGUCACACUUCAGUCUGUCUGCUCGCACUGCGUAGAUCUUUCUUUAUAUAAAAUCUGAUCUCGUAUUUUAUUAGUUGAAUUGUAUUUUUAUACAGAGUUUUGUUGAUUAAGUGACUUACUCUCUUGCCUUAAGAUGGCAAAGACUUUAUUAUUACAUCCUCUUCAAAGUUACUACCAGAGUCAUCCCUCUUGGUUUGUAUUUCUAUAAGUAGGUUCCUAAUUUAGUCUUUAACUUUGUAUUUUACAAACCAGAUUAGCUUUUUAAGUCUAUACGUUAUAAAUCUUGAAUGUAUGUAUUUAUUUUAUAUUUGUUAUUAUUUAAAUAAUAAGAUCAGUUCUGAUGCAGCAUUUGACAUCAAAUCUAUAAUCAGUGGUGAAUUUCAAACCAUAACCGUGUCAUUUAUAGUUUUAUACUGUAUUUGUAUUUUGAAAGUAUUUGUAUGCAAUAUAAACUGUUGUUCUUGUUAUAA